UGGGGUUUUCGCUUAUUUGUGUACUGAAAGUCAAAUUGUACCGCAAGUUCCAUAAUUUCGCAAAUCCCAAACCGUCUUAUCGCGAAAUGAGUAUUGAAAAGUCUGAGGACAGAAAAGCCAGAAUUGUACUGCAACAAUGCUUGUCAGCACGACUUCAAGUUCAACCAAAAUCCGACACAGAAGAAGCACAGUUUGUUGAGAUUGGAAGAGGUUUGAUAGUGUAUAUAUGCUUCCUGAAAGGUUCAACAUCCGACACAGUGUCCAAAAUGGUUAAAGCAGCAUUAAAUACCAGACUUAGUGCAAAUGAUGAAGGGAAAUUAGUAUCCAUACUAGAACUUCCAGGAGAUGUGUUGAUUGUACCACAAGCAACACUAGGAGGUUCACUGAAGGGAAAGUUGAUGCAGUAUCAUAAAAACAUUGACAAAGAGGAAGGCAAAAAACUGUACGAUGAAUUUGUGCAAUCAUGUAAUGACAUAGUUAAACAAAACAAUCCCAAUGUGUCUGUACAAAGUGGUACAUAUGGAAACAGACAAGUGUUUAGAACAGACACCAAUGGACCAUAUACUCACAUGAUCGAAUUCUAAUUAUUCUUUUGAAUUGAAUAUAUAUGCAUAGUCGAAUAUUUAUGAUAGAUGCUGAAACAAAAACAAAUUAGCAACAUAUUCUCUGUAGAAUUUUGAUUGAACAUUUGAAUUUAACAUUAAUUUUCAUGGAAUA